GAGUUUACCCAUCCUCAACCCGGCCAUCCAAUAAUUUCAAGAGAAUCCGAGGAGGUUUGAUAUUCUCCUUCGUUGUAGGUGUUGUGUUAGGAAGACGUUAGUUACUAGAGCGAAGCCAAGCCAAGAUGGAAGCCGAGCCUGUGAUACAAGGAGAACGGGAUGGUAGAGCUCAAGUGCCGAGCGACUACCGCUUGGAGGAAGAAAGAGCGAGGGAGAUGUUCAGAGCCUGUUAUGAGGAAGGAAUUUUACCAACGGAUAUCGACCCAGGAGAAAUGGAGGUAACUGGUAGGGAGGUCAAAUUUAUCUUGAACUCGACUCUCGAUGAGAUCAAGAUAAAAUGGUUGAAGGAGAGAUCGGUCACCGUCAUUUUUCGUGAUGGAGCCCGAUUCCUUCCUAAGAAAGUGAAGGAAGAUGUGGUAUGUGCAUAUGAAGAUGUCUGGAUAAGCGGCGAGACUCUAGGCCAAGAUUUCAAGCGCAGCAUAAUCCACGUGGAAAGCCCAAACGUGGUAUCGUAUGUUCCAAGAGCGCAGGUCAUUACCGAUUGGAUGCUCAGGAUGAAAACUGACUUGAUUGACCUCGUCGGGACAACCUACAGAACUGACUUCAAGCCUUGGUUGACGCGGGCAGAGAUACGAGAUUGGAGGCAGCUGAUCAAUCAAGAUACGUUAUGGGUUGUGGCCGUGGGAGUACCCCUACACGAGAUGUCAUUUCUCCACGUCCAUGUGGAAAAGGCCAUUGGAAAAGUGUUAAAGCAACAUAAACCGGAAGCGGAUGAGUCCGACCUUAAGUUGGUGAAUCUGAGGUUCGAUAUCGACCCGACGCAAAGAGCUAAUAUGAAAGACAAAAUCACCGUUCAGAUUUGUCAAGGUGAUAUGUUGGAGGUUAAACUUGCAGAUGCAUAUACUGCAUGGUGCAAAAGGUGUCGAACUUUUUUUCAUACAAAGCUCACCUGCAAAAGAACAGAUCGGCUCAACCAGGGAGAAGCACAUUCGAAUCAGCAUCAGGCUUCAUCUGCACCAACGGCCGUUGAACCUCGUCCGGGGUAUGUCAAAGUUUCGGCAGAGCAAGUUCCGCCGCCUAGUCAGCAACCGGCUGCGAGUUCCAAAAUUCUAGGUGGCGCAUCGAUCCGGUCGAAUCCUGCUUUCUCACCAGGAGUCAUCCCGGUCCAGCCUACGACUCGCACGGGGGUGGUUCAAGGCCAACAAAAUUAUCCAGCUUCAACUCUAGAAGCCGCUUGGGUUGCCUACCUGCAAGGUUUACCAUCUCAUCCUUUCACUUCGACACCAUACGGCAUGUCGUUGAUGAACUCUCAGUUAGGGAUGAGUCCCUCCAUUUCGAAUCUGCAUGCAUUCAUUCCAUGGAAUAAAGGCAUGAUGGGGCUACCACAGGGUAACCCCCCGGGAAGACUCUUCCAACAUGGGACAUCACCAAGCAGACUAUCUCAGGCGAUACACCAAGUGAACCCAUCUCCGUUCAGGACUCCGACACCCAGUCAAAGUGGUUUUCGACAGCGAGGUGAGUCACCAAGGAAACAAAGAAGAUUAAGCAAUGUGGGAAUUGACAUCCGGGUGGACGACAUGCAUGUCGAAACUUCCGACAGUUCCAAUGGCUCACAAUCUUUGGUCAUCGUCACAGGCAAACGAAAAUGAUUUCGCCCCCGAAUGGAUGCCUUGUCUAAGGGACAAUCGACAGAAACCCUGGCCAGGUCGAUCUUUCAGGGCAAACUUACUUUUUGUCUUACCGAAGUGUCUAUGCCCCUCUUUCUUGUUGAUAUAGAGGGGAAAAGUGUUCGUUUCUAUGCCCCUCUAUUCGAUGUUCGCUUCGUCCUGAACCAACUCGAGCAAUUGGAAAGUGAAGGACUCAGAUUGAUCUCGUUGACCUGGCUGUUAGAAGGACGGAAGUCAAAACUGAGGCAAAUCAAACUCGCCUCAUCAG